AAAAUAUCCACUUCAUGGCAUAUAUAUUCUCAUGUGUGUUCUGUUUCUGUCUUUGUUCAUUUUGCCUUUGUUGAGACAAGUCAAGGACCAGUGCAAUUUUCUAUACUCUAACCAAAUGAGGACUAAUCUUAGGUUCUUUGGAUCAGUUUGAUGCUUUUCAGAAUUGGAUGGUUCAAAGAUCAAGUAGAUCAUGAGAUUAGCUACAAAAAGUUGAGUUAAAUUCGAGGUUCCUGCUUUUCCUUGGUUCAUUCAAGAAUUCGCAGUUCUGAAUUUCGGAUCCUAAUAACAGUUGACUUUCAUAACUCUGUAAUUCACAUUUGGAACAAAGAUGGUGGUCAGAUCGUCCUCGAAUUUGUCUGACCUGGUGACUGAGGACAGUUCAAAUUCCCCUCAUACUCCUGGAGCUCUUCCCCAUCCCCUGAUUGUUCCAGGAAUCAAGUCUGAUGUGGAUGGCAAACCAAGGGACAAUGAUGAUUUAAAUGCUUGCUCAUCAGAAUUCCCUCAAAAGAUCAUUAUAGUGGCAAAUUUUCUUCCUCUUCAUGCUCAAAAGGAUGAAAUAUCUGGCAAAUGGUGCUUCACUUAUGAUGAAGAUUCAAUCUUGUUUCCAUUAAAGAAUGGUCUCUCUUCUGACUUUGAGGUUCUUUAUGUGGGAUCUCUCAAGGUUGAUGUUGAAACUGGUGAACAAGAGAAAGUUUCUCUUCAGCUGCUGGAGGAAUUCAAUUGCUUGCCUACCUUUCUUCCUUCAGAAAUUCAUGAACAAUUUUAUAGUGGAUUCUGCAAGCAAUAUUUGUGGCCUCUGUUCCAUUACAUGUUGCCCUUGUAUCCAGACUAUAGCAAUCGCUUUGACAGGUCACUGUGGCAGGCUUAUGUUUCUGCAAACAAAAUAUUUGCUGAUAAAGUCAUGGAGGUUAUUAAUCCAGAACAUGAUUAUGUGUGGGUUCAUGAUUAUCAUCUUAUGGUUCUUGCAACAUUUCUAAGGAAGAGGUACAGUUGGAUCAAGCUAGGAUUCUUCCUCCACAGUUCAUUUCCUUCAUCGGAAAUUUAUCGGACUUCACCUGUGAGGGAUGAAAUUUUGAAAGCACUGCUUAAUGCAGAUUUGAUUGGUUUUCAUACAUUUGAUUAUGCUCGCCACUUUCUUUCUUGCUGCAGUCGAAUUCUUGGCUUAAAAUAUGAAUGCAAAAGGGGUUACAUCAAGCUUGAAUACUUUGGCCGUACAAUAUUCAUUAAAAUCUUGCCUAUAGGGAUUCAUAUGGGUAGACUUCAAUCUGCAUUGAGUCACCCUUCUUUUUCUGCUAAUGUCAGAGAAUUGUUGAAGUUCAAGGGGAAAAAACUUAUUCUCGGAGUUGAUGAUAUGGACAUUUUUAAAGGUAUCAGCCUAAAGCUCUUGGCCGUUGAACAACUCCUUCAGCAAUAUCCUGAACUGCAGGGUGAACUAAUACUGGUCCAGAUUGUAAAUCCAGCAAGGAGUACCGGGAAGGAUGUAGAGACAGCAAGGAAUGAGAUGCACAUUACUGCCAAUAGGAUAAAUGAAAGAUUUGGCUUGCCAGAUUAUGAGCCUGUCAUCAUCAUUAAUCGUCAUAUUCCUAUAUAUGAGAAGGCAGCCUACUAUGCUUUAGCAGAAUGCUGCAUUGUGAAUGCAGUGCGAGAUGGUAUGAAUUUGGUUCCCUAUGAGUACAUUGUCUGUAGGCAGGGAAGUGCUAAAAUGGAUGAAGCUUUAGAAAUUGGUUCUGAGUCCCCUCGGACAAGUGCACUUGUUGUUUCUGAGUUUAUAGGUUGCUCUCCUUCUCUUAGUGGGGCAAUCAGGGUAAACCCAUGGGACAUUAAUGCUGUAGCUGAUGCACUGAAUUUGGCCAUCACAAUGUCCAGUGGAGAGAAACAGUUGCGCCAUGAUAAACACUAUCGUUAUGUUAGCUCUCAUGACGUGGUUUACUGGGCUAAAAGUUUUGUGCAAGAUCUUGAGAACUCGUGCAAGGAUCACUACAGUAAAAAUUGCUGGGGGAUUGGCUUUGGCCUUAAUUUCAGAGUUUUAUCCCUUUCUCCUAGUUUCAGGAAGCUUAACAAAAGCCAUACUAUUUCUGCAUAUGAAAGGACAAAUUGCAGGGCAAUUUUUUUGGAUUAUGAUGGUACCAUUGUACCUCAAACUUCCAUCACUAAAAUUCCAUGUCCUGAAAUCAUAGAUGUUCUGAAUAAGCUUUGCAGUGACCCUAAGAACACUGUGUUUAUAGUAAGUGGCAGGGAGAAAACCACGCUGAGUGAAUGGUUUGAUCAGUGUGAGAAUCUGGGUAUAGCAGCUGAGCAUGGUUAUUUUCUAAAAUGGAGUCCACAGUCAACUUGGGAAAAGAAUCAUAUAAGUACCAAUUUUUCUGGGAAAGAAAUUGUUGAACCUGUGAUGAGAAUGUAUACUGAGGCAACAGAUGGCUCUUAUAUAGAGACCAAAGAGAGUGCCUUGGUAUGGCACUACUAUAAUGCUGAUCCUGAUUUUGGAUCUUGGCAAGCCAAGGAGCUAUUGGAUCAUCUUGAAAAUUUGUUUGCAAAUGAACCCUUUGUUGUAAAGAAGGGAAAGCAUAUUAUUGAAGUCAAGUCAGAGGGGAUUACUAAAGGGCUAAUUGUAGAGGACAUCCUGUCCCAGAUGACCAAGAAAGGGAAAUCCCCAGAUUUUGUACUGUGCAUAGGGGAUGAUAGAUCUGACGAGGAUAUGUUUGAGAGCUUACUAACCAAAGCUUACGGUGGAACCUCUUCUCCUGCACCAGAAAUCUUUUCAUGCACUGUUGGUCAGAAACCAAGUAAAGCUAAGUACUACUUAGAUGAUACUGAGGAUGUGAUGGGGUUGCUUCAAGCUCUUGGUGCCAUUUCGGGCCCAAAUCAUCAUUUCCUGAAGAAUACUCUUCUGGAAAAACAGAAGAAGGUUGUUUCAACAUAGAUUGAAAUGCAAACUUCACCUGUCUAUUUUCAGUUUUUUUCUUUUUUUCUUCAUAAACAGGCCUGCUUCAAGGGAGUAGUUUACAAUGAUUUUCGAGCUUUGAUUAAACAGGAAACUGCGGCAUUGAGAUUCUCAGGAACCAGCACCAGGGGUUCGACUGUUAAAAGAGUUUUUGCUUUAGAUUGUUAGGUGGCAGUAAAUGAAAUGUAUAUGCUGUCUUUUAGCAAUACUUUUGAUGUUGAAAAAUAUUUUUAGGUUCAGGUUCUGAAUCCAGAGCCCUGCUGGAUGAGAUGAAAAUACAUUGUAUAGUUAAACUUACAUGCAAGGCCAAUUACAAU